GAAAAAAUGGCGGAUCUACAGAUGUCGGGUGUUUGAGGAAAUAUUCUUCUCGUCUAAUGAACAAUUUACCGCAGAUAAAAUCCUUUCCCCUCGACUGGAAUAUUUACGGUAUCUAGAUGACAAUGAGCUGAUGGUUGUGGAAGUCUGGAAGAAGACGCUGGACAGAAGAGAGAGGCUGACCGGAAGAUGCCAAGAAAAAAACAGCAGAAUCCACAGCCAGUCAAGUUGGAUGGUGAAGAUGGUGUAGCUGCUGACGCUCCUGGAAACCUUCCCCUAGAUACAGACUUCCUUCUAGAACAAGACCUUGUGUUUGGUGAUGCAGAUCACGACAGAAUUCUAGGCUUGGAAAAGUUUGCAGAAGUAGCUGCUGAGAUCGGUUUCUCCGUUUGUCCUCUGGGUGAUGAGGAGAGCUCUUCCUACAGCCAGCUCAGUAUGGAAAGUGAAACGGACAACUCGCGCAGCACAGGUGACAACAGGAGGGAAAGCCAGAGCCGAGGGACUCAAUCCGAGCCAACUUUUCCUCCCUACCUGUCCUGUAGGGGCUGCGGACAGCUCCGCGACGAACCUCUCGGCCCGGGCAUGGACCUGGUUGGGCCUUACUGCCUUAGGUGUUGCAAAGCCUCCAGGGAGGCGAAAAGCUCAGACUUCUGCUCUCCUUUCGGGAGCGGCGGCGGGAUUCGCUGUGGUUUGCAGAUUCGUGCGGAUUCCCAGCCCGAUUGUGAGGGCUUGGGGAACGGGGUGGGUGACAAGGAAGAACUGUCCGCUGAGGACAGACUGCUCAAGCAGCACUCGUGCCACCUCUGUGGCUUCUCCUCUCGCUAUGCCAACCACGUGAAGCGUCACAUGAAGACGCACAAUGGGGAGAAGCCCUUCAACUGCCCUCUGUGCACUUACGCCUCAGCCCAGCUGGUGAACCUGCAGAGACACUUGCGCAUCCACACUGGGGAGAAACCCUACAAAUGUGACACGUGCGCUUUCGCCUGCAGUUCCCUCGGAAACCUCAAGAGGCACCAGCGCAUGCAUGUGCCUAAUUUGCCCCAGAUGCAUUCUGCAGUGGUGGGACAGGACGCCCCACCUCAACCUGUGUGUGGCCACAACAGCCUGAAGAGACCUGGGAGUGAGCAAAGACCCAAUGAGGAAGUGUCUGGUGCUUCAGUCUCUGAGGUUGCGAGGCCAACCUCUAAUCUGAGUUUGGGGGCCCAGAACAGUGACUACCUGUCGGUCUUUGAUAACUUGAAGGGAGCAUCUCCACCCCCUAUCCCUGCCUCCAACCCAGCUCCUGGCCACCAGCCUCCCUCUCUGCUGGAGAUGACUGCCAGCGGUAGCAGCAGGACUACACGAGGGGCCGUGGCAGAAGGCCCGUCGCUCCCGACUCCACUUUUCCCUUUUACCUGCCGGCUAUGCGGGGUCAUCUUGGAGGACGAGGACGGCUCUUCGGCCCAGAUUUGUGCCAAGUGUACCCUUGAAAUGCUGACCAAGGACUCCUCAUCGUCUCCGAACAGCCCCGGUGAGCGCAGUGACAAAGUCUACACUUGCGCCGCCUGCCCCUUCCUCACCCACUACCCCAACCACUUGGCGCGCCACAUGAAGACUCACAGCGGCGAGAAGCCGUACAAGUGCCCCCAGUGCGACUACGCCUCGGCGCACUUUGACAACCUCAAACGCCACCACAGGGUGCACACGGGAGAAAAGCCCUACAAGUGCCAUCUGUGCGACUACGCCUGCGGAAACCUGGCCAACCUCAAGCGGCACCAGCGCGUCCACUCGGGCGCCAAGCCCUUCCAGUGCCCCGUGUGCAGCUACAGCUGCAACCAGAGCAUGAACCUGAAGCGGCACAUGCUGCGGCACACCGGCGAGAAGCCGUACAAGUGUCAGGAGUGCGGCUACACCACCGGCCACUGGGACAACUACAAAAGACACCAGAAAAAACAUGGCGUGGCCACUGACGGCUGGGUGAAAGUUCCCAUGAUCGGCACCGACGUAGAGGAGGACAGGAGGAAAGUGAUGGGAGGCGGCAUUCAGACUCACAGAAAAGAAGUUGGAGCUGAUAUGCAGUACAUGCCACGGGAGCCGGGAGCUGGCUGUACACUCAAGCUGCAAACUUAAGGUUGCAUAAAUUCUAACACAGCAAAACUAAGCUACCAGCAACUUGUUUUGAUUGUUUUCACUGAGCCUUUUUAUGGUUUUAACGUGCGUCUAUCUGUCAGUGUUGCGUCAGAUCUCUUCUAUGGCUGCUAAUUGUUCAGUAAGUGGAAUCUGGCAGAGUUAGGAAUUCAUUUUUUUACAUUUUUUUGAUGCCUUUUUGGGUUGAGUGUUUAUUUUCUACAGUUUUUUUUUUUCAUGUCAACAUAAAAAAAGGGAACUCUGUGGAAGUCCUCUGUCUCACUGUGUAAUCAGAUACUUAUAUUUCACCCUCACGCUACAUGCAUGUUGUCAUUUGAACGAUGACACGACCAAAUAUUGCCAUCCUUGAGGAACUCCUUCCCUUAUCUGCUUGAGCUGCCCUGACAAGUCAUUAAAACAUUUUUAAUGCACA